CCCGUACGUAUGACGUGAGCGAGGCUGAGGAUGACGCUAAAACCUCGCGACGCUCCAAGAUCCUGGAGGAGUUUACGUGUUUUCACUGUGACGCUACACCCCAUCCUGACGCCGGCGAGUUUGGUCGAACUCAUCUUUUUCUCUUCCACUCCAAUCCGAGCUUACCUGUAUGAUCUGAUACCUGGUGGCAGACUCUUCACCAUGGACCCAUCUCCAGGCUCCUCCAGCUUCCACUCGGACUCGGAUUUCUGUCCCGAAUGUGGCUCAAUUUUGCCCCUCCCUGGAACUUUGGACAUAGUUACCUGCCCCAGAUGUGGCUUUUCCAUAGAUGUGCGGGAGUUCGAGGGAAAGGUGGUGGAGACCUCGGUCGUGUUCCACAAAUUAGGAACAACAGCUUUCAUGGUGUCAGAGGAAGAAGGGCCCGAGUUCCAGGGUCCAGUGAUUGACAGGCGCUGUUCCAAUUGUGGCCAUGAAGGGAUGGCAUAUCACACCCGGCAGAUGCGCUCAGCUGAUGAAGGACAGACAGUCUUCUAUACCUGCACUAACUGUCGAUUCCAAGAGAAAGAAGACUCUUGAUUUCUAACCUGUUGGAUUCUUCCCCUUCUGUUUAAAAGCAUUCUUGCUCCAUAGAGUCCUGCUAUGAUGGCUCAUCCUUAUAUAGAAAUGGCCUGGGUUCUUGAAGACUAUAGAGUACAACCUCUGGUGUACUUCGAGCGAUCCUCAACUUCAGGGGCUAUAUGAUUCCAUUACUCACAACCACAACAUUACUGAAGAUUGUUGAAAUUAAGAAGACUUUGUUUAUGAUAAAAAUUUGGAGUUCAAUUAAAAGAAAUACGCAGUUUGGCAA